AUGCCUGUAUGUUCACAAACACCACAUUGCCAGAUCUUCGGGUUGCCGGGAGAUACUGUGAAUGAUUUGACUGACAUCUCACAAAGUGUCUCCGGCUUCGUCCUCGUCUUUAUCGAGAUCCCCCUGCUCCUACGAAUCUGUCCGACCUCCGCCAAGUUCGAUGCCUUCAUCCGGCGCUUCACGACCAAUUACAUGCGAGCCGCCAUCUACGGUGUCAUGAGCCUGAUACAAUGGUUAAGCUUAAUAGUUGCACGCAGUGGUAGCAGUUUGAUUGCGGCUGCAGUGGUGCUCUUGAUUGCAGCAGCAUUUUAUGCAUUGGCCGGUUUGAAACAUCAACAAUUCGUGGGGAGCAAGACCCUUGGUGGGCAAGGUGUUGCGCAGAUGAUUGUUUGA